AUGGCAGCCAAGCCAUCAUCACCAGGGCCUAACGCAACACCUGCAACCCCGGUUAAGCAGACACGGUCCAGGAAGGCCACUACUCCAAGCCAGACUGAACAGGGAAGAGCAGGGUCAGCAGGCGGAGUAGUGUUACCAAAAGAGCCCUCAGCAAAGGUUCCAGCAUCGUCAACAAAGAAAGCUGCAGUAGCACCAAGUACCGAUGACGUUACUGCAGCGGCGGCGAAGACGCCGAAAAAGAAACCUAGAAAGUUGAACAAGGAACCUACGUCGACAUCUACGGACACUGCAAAGUCUACCGCCACGAAUAAAAUCCAAGCAGAUGUACCAUCACCGUCUGAACUGGAAUCACUGAAGUCUCGUGUUAGGGGCUUAGAAGCUAAAGUCGAAGAGCUCUACAAAGCAGGUGCUAUUCCCGACUCCCGACCAGGCCGCUCACCUCGCCGACGAGGGAAAGGUCGAAAAAGUUCAUCCGCAGCCCAGGUUCCCACACUUAAUACCACGGCUAAUGACAGCAAUGCUAGAGUUCAAGAAGUCGACGAUGAUGACGAAGAGGAAGAGGCAGACGAAGAACUCGUGCGCCUCGAAGGCGAAUUGGAGGUAGCAAGACAGGAUUUAGAACACUUCCAUCCGCGCACGAGAGGAGCCACAAGUGGAGGAACAGAGUAUGUCGAGGAAAUCGAUAGGGGUGCAUCAGGAACGAGUGCUGGUACAGACAGACAAGUUACCCUAUCGGGAAGCUACCGUAUCCCAAUCCCCGCAAACGUCAACCUCGAGGACGUCAAAACCAUUAAAUCAGGUGUUUCCGCCGCGCAGAACGUUGCCAGGUCUUUCCUCGAACAGCGACGCGCUGCUGCUGCACUGCGCGCCGACAACAACGCUUCUUCACCACAACACCAGUCUAACGCCAAGACCACCAAAGUUUCUGCUUCCAAAUCUUCUUCUGCAGCUACAUCCAAACCGAAGAGGAGCAUGAGUUCAAACAUGGAGGUCGCUGUUGAUAAUAGCGACGGGAAGCAGAGUUGGAGUGAGUGGAUCGGCGGGUAUAGCAUGGCAAUUACGAGGGCGGUUAGUAAGAUCGAACAUGAAGCUGCUGUUGAGGCGCAGAGGAGUGGAGGCAGCGGAAGUACGAGUGCCAAUAGGCCUGCGGCGGGUGGUAGGAGAACAAGUGCGCCUACAUCUAAAAAGGUCGCAGGGAAAAGACCGGCUGCUAAGACUACGUUGAGUGGAGAGCAAGUCCAUGGCUUGAUGAGUUAG